GAAAGGGGGAGGUUUUGACAGUCUGGUAUCAGGGAGUCCCAAAGUGUUAUUUAUUAAAACUCCGCGGCGUUGGUGACACUAAGAACGCUGUCAUUCGAGUGGACAGUGCCAACAGCGCUAUCAAACGCUGUCGCAGGAAACUAUAGUCAUUACACACAGAAAUCCACAGCCAUGGGCUUUGUAGGAAAUAUCCACCCAUCCCUGGAAACAUUGGAUUAUACCUCAACGAGAGUACAGCUUGAAAUCAUCGGUCUCUCUUUUCUCUUCUUUCUCGGAAUCUACAUCCUUUCGGCAUCUCUUGCAGCCCUAACCUGGACCUACCGCAACCUGCGUCUCAAAGAGAAGAUAUUUUGGAAUCUUUCGGUGGUGAGGGCGGUGUUCGGCGUAUACGCCGUGUGUUCUGGCGCCUGGGCGUUAUGGUGGGACACAGAAAUGAUUAAAGAUGUCGUACACGCCACGACGCCUACCUCCUGGUUCACGAACAUCGUCUCCAUUGGGUUCUUUCUCUUUGAGUGCUCAGCCAUCUUGUUUUGCGAUCUCUAUUUCCGACAGGGCAACAUGCUACUGAACCUCCACCACAUGUUGGCUCUGACGGGCUGUGUCAUGGUGUUGAGGUACAGGAGCAUCCAUUACUUCUGGGCGAUAGGAGUUGCUCUGGAGAUGUCGACGCCAUUUUCAGCCCUCUGUUGGAUUCUACUCAAAUGCGGAAGGGCCAAUACGUUCUUGUGGAAGGCUAACCAGUAUGUUCUAGUUCACGUCUUCCACUGCAGGUCGAUUUUGGAGACUUUCCUUUGGAUUCAGUCAUUCCGUCACUGGGAAAACAUAUGGGCUCACUUGCCGUGGCCGGUGUUUGUGAUGUUUUUCUCCGAAUUGGCCUUGGUGACGUUCGUUAUGACGCCAUAUUGGACUUACAAGAAAACAGAACAGUUGAUUAUUCCCAGAGACUGGAAUUUUGAGGAUUCUGAAGACAACAAGCGAACUAAUGGCAGUUUAAAAAAAGAAGACUGAAAAAUAUGAACACAUUAUAAGGGAGCAAAACCUUUUCUAGUGCCAUAUUUGGAUUUUUAAAAUACGAACAACACGCGGGGUGUUUGUCUGUCUUUACUUUGAAAGGUAGACACGUGCAAUUUGUUAAAUGUAAUUAGAUUAUAUUUGGCAAUAUUGCAAUUAUAAUUUUAGUUGAAAUUAAAAUUUCAAUUCUUCCUACCUAUUGGCGGAACUAGAUGGGCCUAAUAUUGCUAACAUUACAAAAAGGUAGUGACAGACUCAGAGGCCCUCAAAAUUGCGUUUUAUGUACUUAAAUUAUUUUUGGA